AUGUCUUCUUUUGCAGCGUCUAUUUCAAAAGUCUUUCAUGGCACAUUCAUUCAUUCCGUUUCUAUCAACGAAAUCGAAUUCAUAGAGGGCGGACUCCUCUUUAUUGAUAUCCACGGAAGAAUUGCCAGGAUACUAAAGGGUGUGCAGAAAACUCAAUUGGGCAAUAUGCUUGAGGGUGUGGAUGAAGAAAAGGUCAUCAUCCUGAAUGAGAAUCAGUUCAUUAUUCCAGGCUUUAUCGAUACCCACAUUCACGCCUCUCAAUACUCGUAUUGUGGGAACGGGCACGAUAUCCCUUUACUCGAAUGGCUCGACACCCUUACGUUCCCGCAUGAGAGCAAGUUCAAGGACCCGGACUAUGCGCGGCAGAUUUACUCAAAAGCCGUCGCCCGUUCACUCCGCAACGGUACCACCUCCGCCUGCUGGUUCGCCACCAUCCAUCUGGAUGCGACUAAGGAGCUGGUCAGGGUCAUUGAAGAACAAGGUCAACGUGCCUAUAUCGGCAAGGUCAACAUGAAUCAGAAUUCGCCCGAUUUCUUGAUCGAGACAACAGAAUCCUCGGUUGCGGACACGCGUGCCUUUAUCGAAUACGUCAAUGCGACCAACGCACACAUGGGGACCGAGUCCAAACCGCUGCUAACGCCGAUCAUCACACCCCGAUUCGCCAUCUCUUGCACCUCAGAUCUUUUGAGAGAGCUGGGUAGGCUUGCGGCAGAGUAUCAUGUGCCGAUCCAGUCGCAUCUGUGCGAGACCUCGAGCGAGAUCGAUUUCACAAUGUCGUUCUUCCCGAACUCGGUCAAUUACACAGCUAUCUACGCGGAACAUGGCCUUUUGAACCGCCGGUCUAUUAUGGCCCACUGUGUGCACAUGAAGGACGAGGAGUGGGCGCUGAUGAAGGACGUCGACGCGGGUAUCUCACACUGUGCGAACUCCAACUUUAAUAUCAAGUCAGGGAUGGCGGAUGUCCGUAAGAUGAUCGAUCUGGAUCUUAAGGUCGGUCUGGGAACAGAUGUCGCGGGUGGAUACUCUUCCUCGGUUCUGGAGGCAUUGCGAUGUUCCAGGACAUGUUCGAUUGCGAGAAAUCCAGGAAAGUCGCUUUCGAUUCCGGAGCUGUUUUAUCUGGCGACCAUGGGCGGAGCACGCGUGAUGGAACUCGGGGAUACAAUCGGCAACUUUAGGGUCGGUAAGGAGUUCGAUGCGAUCCUUGUCAACACAUCCGUGAAGGGUUCGCCGCUGGAUAUCUUUGCGCACGACACUGUACAGACAAAGUUUGAAAAGUACUUAUUUGUAGGUGAUGACCGCAACAACGAGAGGGUCUAUGUCCAAGGCAAGGAGGUUAGAGUGCCAGAAGAAUAG